CAGUGAGUGUCUUUUUCCACUAGACUUGAAGGUUCGUUCGGCAUAUCAUCGGAUUUUAAAAAAAUUUUCCUCUGAAAUUGGACACACAUGUUUUCCGAAGAGAUAAAGAAGUUCUUGCUUUUGUUGCUCUGCAUUUUUUGGGUCUCGCUUCUUGAGUAUUUCAUCUUUUUGACAUCGCAAUCACGUUCUUCCUCUCCGGAGAAGUUUUCUUCCCCAGUUGCCUAUAGCGACGGAAAAGAAUGGCGCCAUUGAUUUUCACCUACAGCUACACUUCUCUUUUUUCUGUUUCAAUACAAAUAUCAGGAAUAAUGAAAUCUCACAAGUUGUUUCGUUUGCAACGUCUGUAACCGAACAUGGAUUCAACUGAACCAUUUCAUCAAGUCGCAUUUUUGUAAAGCAACUUAAUCAGUGAAAUUCCCUUCUACAAGGAAAUGUUUAUUGUCUCGAUAUAAAUAUAGACAAACUUAAAUCUGCUACUUAUACGUAGGAAAAUAUAUCAUGGCUUUGAAUUUCUUACCAUCUCUACAACAUAUAGCAGCUGUUAAAGUGGCAUUAACCGUCUAUAAUGACGACAUUAUCCACUUCUUUUGCGAAUUUGUUAAGAAAGAUGUAAAUUACAGUGAUUCAUUUUGUACCAAUUGGAGUCAAGAAAAACGAAUAAGACAAAGAAGAAAAGAAAUUGGUCAGAAAUUAUCCACACUUCUCCCAAAAUUAUUCGUAGAUCGAAUCGUAAACAUACUUCAGCCAAUAGUUGCUGAAAUCUUUUACUGUGUUAGAGACCAUUCUAAUAUCGCUAACCACAUUCAGAAGAGUCAUAUCGCGAAUACUUUAUGUUGGAAAUCAGAAGGAACAAUUGACAGAACCGAAACUUCGAAACAACUCAUUCGAAACGAAAGCAUCGAUAAGAGAGUGCGUUUUGUUUUAGCAUCUAUCUACUUUUUGGAGCAAGAUGUUUUGCAAUUAUGGCAAAGUAUGACGGAGGAAGAAAGGGAAAACAUUUAUCGCAUCGACUUUAAUCUUGCUGUCAGAUUUUGGGUGAAAUGUUUGAGAGAAAAUGCUGCUUCUCCUUGGAAACAAUGGAUUCCAGAAUACUUAAGUAUUGACCAAAAGGAACUUCGAUUUUCUAAUUUUAAAAAUAGAAGUAGGCGCGUAAGAAUGAACUUAUUUUACAAUGAGUUGAACGGUUUGAAUAAAAAAAAAUUCUUACAUAAGUUGUGCCCUUACUUAAGUUGUGAUUUACGUGUAUGUUAUUAUUUAACUGUUGAGACUGAACGUGGCAAGAUCUUUAACAAUUCAGGCUUUUUAUUAGAUUUACAAAUAAAAGAUCUGCUCCGUUUCUAUUUGGAUUGGCCGUUACAAACCCUUUUCCUAGACAUGGUAGAUCAGAUAUGGGACCAUUUAACUCCAGAAUGUUUGGAACAUUGCUUGUGUUUUAUAGUGUAUGAUAAAAUUUUGAAAUGUAUGGAAGAUUUCGAAUAUCAGAAUCUUUUUAAAGAUUUGUGGAAUCGGAUUCCCGAUAAUUGCAAAGAACAAUUUUGCAGGGAUACUCUGAUUUGCGCUUUUGCAAUGCUGCGUUAUGACAGAAAAACGAGCAUUUUAUGGAUUGGGGAAUAUCUUGAAAUAUGUAGAGAUCUGAAUAUAGUAGACUUUAGAGAUGUAUAAUCCACGAUUUUUUGAAUAACAAAUAAUUUUGCUAUU